AUGGACAAGGCAAAGGCAGCCAUCACCGACUUCAUGGGCCGCUCAGGUCACCAUGACACCACCGUACACGAGGCUGUAGCCCCCGCUGUCGUACAAGAGACCAUCAAGCCCCAUGUCCACGAGGAGGUCAACACUGCCAUUGACAAGGAGGUUCACCAGGACCACUACCACCGCACAGUGCAGCCAGUCAAGGACCGCGAGGUUCUGCCAGAGAAGCACGAAGCCAAGAUUGGUGCUGUCCAGCACCGCGAGUUUGACCACCGUGACCACGAGUCCACCAAGAAGAACUUGGUUGCUGAGCAAGCCCAAUUCAAGGAUGAGAGGCGUGUCGAUGCCACCUCCCACAGCCAGAGCGUGGCACCUGUUGUCGGCGGUGAGCACGUUCAUCACCACAUCCAUGAGACGAUCCAGCCUGUCGUCCAAAAGGAGACCAUCCAGCCCAGUGUUGUCCACACUACUGUGCCCAUCCACGAGGUUCACCACAACAAGGCCACUCACCACGAGACUACUGCUCUGCCAGCGAUGACCAUGGACCAAUUCAAGUCCAAGGGCGGAUCUCUCACCGGACGUGAGGAGCGCUACGACGAAUUCGAGGGUGUCCCUAAGAACAUUGGCAGCACUACUGCUGGAGGUCUCGGAGCCGUUUCCGGUCUCUCGCACAAGGAGGGCCAUCACAGCCACUCUCACGGAACUGCCAACCCUCUUGAUCGCAACAACGAUGGCCGCGUCGAUGCUCGCGAUACUGGCGCUAUGGGACAGGGCAAUCUUGCUGGAUCCUCAACACAGGGUGGUGUCCUCGGUAACAACGUUCACUCCGGAACUUCCCAUACUGGUGCUCACCACGGUACCGACGGCGUUAUUGGUGGAACUCGCAACGAGUCUGACCGCCUCGCACAUCGUGACCACGAAGACGGUGCGCACAAGAAGCCCAGUCUCAUGGACAAGUUGAACCCCAAGGUUGAUGCCGAUGGUGAUGGCAAGGCUGGUUUCAUGAAAUAG